AUGCCACACUCCCAGAGGCUACGAGUGGACCCCUCCCCACUCCUCGCCAGGGGCAGCUUGGUGGCCGCAGAGUGGAGGCCGGAAGAAGGCUUCGCGGAGUUGAAGUCUCCUGCGGGUAAAUUCUGGCAGACCAUGGGCUUCUCAGAGCAGGGCCGGCAGCGCCUUCACCCGGAAGAGGCCUUGUAUCUGCUGGAGUGUGGCUCUGUUCAGCUUUUUCACCAAGACCUGCCGCUGUCUAUCCAGGAGGCCUACCAGCUGCUGCUCACCGGGGACACUGUGACGUUCCUACAAUACCAGGUCUUCAGCCACCUGAAGAGGUUGGGCUAUGUGGUUCGACGAUUCCAGCCAAGCUCUGUCCUGUCCCCUUACGAGAGGCAGCUUAACUUGGAUGGCUACGCCCAGCACCUAGAGGAUGGGACUGGCAAGAGGAAAAGGAGUGCCAGCUCUCGGUCUGUUUAUAAGAAGGCCAAGGCCCUGGAGGAUUCCCUGCUACCCAUAAGCCUGGCAGCCUCCAGCCCACCUGCCAGCAUCCAGAACAGCCAGUGCUCCACAGAGAAACCCCAGGAGUCAAGCCCCAUGAAGGCCCCAGGAGUCUCAUCUCAGCUUCUGGGAUCCCCGGAGCCCUGCCCUGGUCUCGCCAGGGAGGGACAGGGGUGUGGCCAGGAGAGUGGCAAAGCAGAGAAUGGAGAUAGGAAGCCUCGCUGGAACUUUGAGCAGAUCUCCUUCCCCAACAUGGCUUCAGAUAGCCGCCACACCCUCCUGCCUGCACCAGCCCCAGAGCUCCUCCCGGCCAACGUUGCUGGGCGGGAGACAGACGCUGAGUCCUGGUGCCAGAAGCUGAACCAGCGAAAGGAGAAGCUUUCCCGACGGGAGCAAGAACAACAAGCAAUGGCCCAGCAGUUCUGGGAGGAUGUAAACACAGAUCCUGAGGUGCAGCACUGCUCCAGCUGGCAGGAAUAUAAGGAACUGCUGCAGAGGCGACACCUGCAGAAGAGCCAGAGCUGCCCCCAGCACCUGUGGGGCCAGCCCGUCACUCCCUUGCUGACCCCUGGCCAGGCGAACUCCCCAGCCACAGUCCUUCAGCGUAUCUCCGUGCUGCAGACAACACACCUUGCUGAUGGAGGUGCCCGGCUGCUGGAGAAGUCCGGAGGCUUGGAGAUCAGCUUUGAUGUUUACCAGGCUGAUGCUGUGGCCACGUUCCGAAAAAAUAGCCCCGGCAAACCCUAUGCCCGGAUGUGCAUUAGUGGAUUUGAUGAGCCUGUCCCAGACCUCUGCAGCCUCAAGCGGUUGACCUUCCAGAGUGGGGAUGUCCCUCUGAUCUUUGCCCUGGUGGAUCACGGGGACAUCUCCUUCUACAGUUUCAGGGACUUUACCCUGCCCAAGGAUCUGGAGUACUGACAGUGGGAGGGUGGGGCUAGAGCCAUCUUUGGGGAACCUGGGCUGUUUGUUCUCAGGGACCAUCCCAGCUGCCCUUGUGCCCAAACUCUGAUCUGAGUUGGGCCUCUGCUGGAUGUCUGAUUCUUGGAAGAGUGACCCAUGUUCUGCCCCCUUGCCUUGCCCACAGGGCUUCCUAGUCCCAAGUGGGAGAGUGCUGCCUUGCAGUGACUCCCUUGGAACUCAGGACUGGUAUUCAGAGGCCCAGAAGGUGGGGCGGAAGAGGACUCUGUGCCUUUAAUGAGAGGGUGCCUGCUUCAUGCCAUAAAGCCAAAGCCAUUAAAAGUCGAUUUCUUUUCUA